AACAAAAACAAAAAAAUAAAAAAUCUGUAGGGAAAGUGUCACGCACUUCGCGUGUUCGUGUCGUUUCCACUUUUUCUCUCAUUACUCUCUCUGCCUUUCCGUCUUUUUCUUUCAUCGCCAAAACCCUAAUUCGAUCCGCCGGACCUAGCACUCACCGUAGAUGACUGUACGAUUGAGGAACAGGUGAGAGAUCAGAGAGGCUGGAUUUCCUCGCCGAAUGGAGGGAGGUAGCGUCCUUAGACUUUCUUCUUCUGGGAUACAUCCAUGGAUUAUGAUGACAAUGAUUUUCAAAGCCAGAAUCUCCAUUUACCUGGUGAAGGGAGCACAAAAUUUCCUCCAGCAUUAAGGCCAUAUGCUCUGCCCAAGUUUGAUUUUGAUGAAAGCCUUCAAGGGCAUUUAAGGUUUGAUGAUAGUUUGGUUGAAACUGAAGUUUACCUUGGUAUUGGAAGUAACGAAGAUAACCAGUGGAUUGAUGCAUACUCCCGCGGGAGUAGUGGCAUAGAGUUUGGCACAACUGCAGCUGAAUCUUGCUCUAUAUCAAGGCAUAAUAAUGUUUGGUCUGAGGCCACUUCCUCGGAAUCUGUUGAAAUGCUAUUAAAAUCUGUUGGACAGGAGGAAUUUAUCCCUAGAGAAACUGUUAUACAGGAGUCUGAUGCCUGUGAUGAACUGGUAUGCUUAGCUAAGCAAAUGGAGCCCGAUCCAAAACCUGAUGGUAGAAAUGAAUUUAAAAAUAAUAUUACUGAUUUACAGCCUACAGGUUUUAUUGAUGAGAACUUGGCUGGAUUGAAGGAUGAAGAAAGGGAGCAGUCUCUGGCUGGAGUUUCCCAGGGUGUACUAUCCAUUGAUGGAAGUUUAAGCAAUCUGCAACCACAUGAUAUGCUUGGCAAUAUUGACUUGCCAAUGGCUAGGGGGAUUCUCUUUACUGAUGACAAAAGUAAUGAUACAAAUCAAGGAAAAGUUGAGACUGUGGCUGAUGGUUCUCUUGAAGAAAAAACUCAAGAGGACUCGGCUGCUUCUGGGGGGAAGACUAAUAUUACUGUAACUUCUGUACACAAUUUCACUUCUUGUGAUGUCUUAAACAUUCAAAAUGUGCAAAAUCAUGUAGUUGGCAUGGGUAGUGAGGAGCAAAGUUCUUUACAGAUACAAACUAAUGAGCAAGAUUUGGAUUCUUCUGUGAUUAACAAAGAUUCUAAUGUUGACACUCGAACUUUGGAUGUAAAUGCAGUUGGGGGUGAAGCGCAUCAUUCUGAUAAACCUCUUUGUUCAUUUCCUAAGGAAGAAGCAUUGGAAAGUGGCAAUGCAGUUGAGGGCCUUGAGACUUGUGGAAGUAGUUUAGAGGGCUCCUUGAGCAUGGUAUCUGAUGGUAUUUCUGACUUGCAGAACACAGAGAGAUGCAAUGAAGAUGCAUGUUUCAGAGAUUUGUCUCAGGGCAAUGCAAAAGAAGACACAAUUGUGGAUAAUCAAUCUGCAGUAGAUACAAGUGGCUCACCAAUGGUUGCAAUUAAAGAUGAUUCCAGUUCUGAGGGGCAUAUAGUUGGGGUCAGCAAAUCUGAGUGUAUUACAUCUCCUAAUUUUCAGCAGAAUGUGGGUACCAUUGAGAAGACAUAUGCUGAAAGCAGUGCUUCUAUGGAAAAGCAGUUAUUGAACAUUGGUAACCAGAUGGAUACAGAGGUUUUAUUAAGUAAUUCGGAGGCAUCUAUGUUUGCUGUGGGGGAUAAAAACACUUCUACUGUUAAUAAAAGAAAUAAUGAUAACAAAGCAGGCAGUUUUUCUAGUUUAGGUGCAGUGGCUUCUACAAAAUCUUGUAUUUUGGGUGAGGCAACUCAAGUAUGUGAAAACAGUGAACCUGACAAGCAGGGUGACCGUGAAAACUUUUGUCAGGAUGUUUCUGCCAUUGACCAAGAGAAUGAAAUAGCCACUUUUGAUUCCAGCCUAUUGCAUUGUGAUGUGGACCAAUCCCAUCUUGUUGAUACAGGAGUUAGUUCAUCAUCUGUUAGUGCAGGUAACAUGGAAACUAAGUUGACAACUUCUACAGUAUCAGUUGAUGUCGAGCCUGUCAACAAUUCAGCUUCACAAUAUAUAUUAGAAAAUAUUAGUUCGACAUCCUGUGAGAUAGUGGAUGUUUGUGUUCUCUCUCCUAGCAGAAUUGUGUCCACACAUGAAGUUACAGAUCACUGUGAAGUUCAAGGAGUGACGCCUGUUGGGUCUGCUUCUAUUGAUGAAAAGGAAAAGGCUGAAGCUAAAAUAGCCAAUGAAGCUACCAUAGUCAAUGAAGCAAGCUGUGAAGCUAAACUAGCCAAUGAAGCCAGCUCUGAAGCUAAAAUAGUCAAUGAAGCAAACUGUGAAGCUAAAAUAGAGAAUGAAGCAGGCCCUGAAGCUAAAGUAGUGAAUGAAGCAAGCUCGGAAGCUAAAAUAGCCAAUGAAGCAAGCACAGCUCUUCUUGUUGGGUCUUCUGAACAGGAAACUGCUCCUUGUCCUGAAACUGAAAUACAUUUUUCUGAUACAUCAGGACAACUGUUGUGCAAGACAGUAAGCAGUUGUGUUCUUACUGCUUCUGAAAAGAUGGGUAAACCCCAAGAAACUCUGAGUGAUAGGGUUGAUCAGGAAUGCUCAAAAGAGGUUGGUGUGGCUGCAGUUCUGUGUGCAUCAACAGAGAAACAGGGUGAUAAAGUUGCAGUUUCUUUUACCAAGGAUGACAAGGAGGCAAUACAAGAGAACCAUGACAAGCCGUCGGCAAAAGUAUCAGGUGAUGAUUUAUCUGCAAAUGAAGGCUCCAAUUCUUUACCUGAUUCUUGCACCAAGUUGCAUGAAACUGGAAGCAGUCCUGCCAAUCAGUCUGAUAAUACUUGUGGUGUCAAUGUUACAUUUGGAAGCCAACCUGAAACUGAAAAGGAUGUGAAUCAAGUUAAGGCUUCUGCUAAUCGGAACCCUCCAGUUUCUGAGUGCAUAAAUAAGGAUGCAUUGAACACAUCUACUGAUCGUGAUCCUAAGGGGAAUGAUGCAUCUAAAGAUGAGAAAAGCUCAGCUCCUGUGGUCAAUCUUGUGCCAAAUUUGUCCAAAAAAGAUGUUUCAGAAAAGACCACCAAAAGAUCAAAUUUGGGAAAGAGGCAACGAGCUGCAGCCAAAAAAGCUCCAAUGGUUGUAGAGGAACCUCCACUGCCUUCUGCACUAGGUACUCCCAAAACUAAAGUUCCAGGAAAUAUCUCCCUUGGGAGUCGACAAAUAUCUGAUGGUGUUAUAGCACAUAGUGUUUCUCAAGGUACACCUGAACGCAAAACUAGGCGAGCCUCUAAUAAGACAGCUGGAAAGGAAACUUCUCGAAAAGGAAAUAAAGGAAAAACACCAGGAAGACAGUCUGAAAGAGGGGAUAGAUCAACUAGUGUGUCUGUGAGCCCAUCACCUGGUUUCCAGGUCCAAUCGAAUGAGAUGCAGCAGUUUGGGCACUUUGAUUGCAUCAGUACAAAGCCAUUUGCUAUUUUAAGUGCUUCAACAUCUAGCCUUCCAGAUUUGAACUCUUCUGCUUCUCCACCUGUUCUGUUUCAACAGCCUUUUAUGGAUAUGCAGCAAGUACAAUUGCGUGCACAGAUCUUUGUCUAUGGGGCUUUGAUUCAAGGCACCGUACCUGAUGAGGCGUAUAUGAUAUCAGCUUUUGGGGGCCCAGAUGGUGGAAGGAGCAUUUGGCAGAAUGCCUGGUCUUCCUGCAUGGAAAAGCAGCAUGGUAAAAAGUCUCAUCCUAUGAACCUGGAAACGCCUCUGCAAUCACGAUCUGGUCCUAGAACCACUGAUGUGGCAGUUAAGCAAAAUGCACUUCAAGGAAAAGGAAUCUCUUCACCUCUUAGCCUAGCCAGCAGCAAGGCUACUCCGACUAUUGCUAACCCAUUAAUGCCCCUUUCAUCUCCCCUUUGGAGUCUACCAACUCCUUCCUGUGAUUCCCUUCAAUCUAGUGCGUUUGCAAGAGGUUCUGUUGUGGAUUAUUCACAGGCACUUACUUCUUCGCAUCCUUAUCAAACCCCACCCCUCAGAAACUUUCUUGGACAUAACACAUCUUGGUUAUCCCAAGCCACCCUUUGUGGAGCAUGGACUCCUACUUCUGCCCCUGAUAACAACAGUUCCCAUCUUUCUGCAUCACCUCUCACAGAUACAAUUCGGUUAAGUUCUGUCAAAGGAUAUCCUGUACCUCCUUCCUCAGGCAUAAAGAAUGCUCCUCCUGGUCUGCCAGCUUCUAGUGCAGGCCUACAAAAUGUCUUUAUAGCAACUGCCCCUCCGCUUGAUACAAGCAAUGUGACAGUAUUGAAUGCUCAGCAUUCUUCAGAUUCAAAGCCCAAAAAAAGAAAAAAAGUUAUGGUGUCUGAGGAUCUUGGGCAGAAGGCUAUGCAUUUGCAUUCUCCAUUAGUACUGACUCCUGUUGUAAGCAGCCACAUAUCUACUGCUGUUGCCACUUCAACCCCUGUUGGGAGUGUGCCCAUAACUACUGUUGAAAAAUCAGUUUUGUCUGUACCUCCGCUAUCUCUUGCUGAUCACCUCAAAAGUGAGUGGAAUGUUGAGAAGAGGAUUCUGUCAGAUAAGUCUCUUACAAAAAUUAAGGAGGCAAGGGUAAAUGCAGAGGAAGCUUCAGCUCUUUCUGCUGCUGCUGUGAAUCAUAGCCUGGAGAUUUGGAAACAGUUGGAUAAGCAAAAAAAUUCGGGAUUGGUGUCAGAUAUUGAGGCUAAAUUAGCUUCUGUGGCAGUAGCAGUUGCAGCUGCUGCUGCUGUUGCAAAGGCAGCAGCUGCUGCUGCCAAUGUUGCAUCAAAUGCUGCAUUGCAUGCAAAAUUAAUGGCUGAUGAAGCAUUAGUCUCAUCUGAUUAUGAGAGUUCUUGCCAAAUUUCUCAUUCAGAGGGUAUGACUAACUUGGGAAAAGUAACCCCUGCCUCCAUCUUGAAGGGUACUAUUGGAACCAAUAGUUCUAGUUCUAUUAUUGGAGCUGCAAAGGAGGUUGCAAGGAGGAGAGUGGAAGCUGCUUCAGCUGCCCGAAAACGAGCUGAAAAUAUGGAUGCUAUUGUGAGGGCUGCUGAGCUGGCAGCAGAAGCUGUAUCUCAGGCUGGAAAGAUUGUAACUAUGGGUGAUCCUUUGACAUUAAAUGAAUUAGUAGAAGCUGGUCCAGAGGGUUGCUGGAAUGCAGCUCAAGAGUCUUCUCAGCAAGUUGACUUGUUGAAAGACGUGACCAGUGAUCGGGUGAAUGUUGACAAUGUUGGAGACAGACCGGAAACUUCUCAUAUAUGUAAUACAGAUAAUUCAUCUGAUGAAAUGAGGAAGAAGACUGCUGCAAGUGAGAAGUCACCUUUUCAUACAGUGCAUAGUGAGAUAUCUCAGGACCAUAAGAAAUGCAUUGGUGGCUUUUCUCCUAUUAUCAAUCAAAAGAGUUCAAAAGGACCAAAGGGCCGCAAGGUUUCUGAUUUAGUCAAUACCAUUGAUGUGCUUCCUAAUUCUGAGACUGAAAUACAGGCUACUUCCACUGCUGGUAAUAAACCUGAAAAUCUGGAGGAUAAUAACAUCAAGGAGGGCUCUAUUGUAGAGGUUUUCAAAGAUGGAGAAGGAUUUACAGCAGCAUGGUACACAGCCAGCAUAUUAAAUUUGAAGGAUGGUAAAGCUUAUGUAUGCUAUGUUGUGCUUCUUGAUGAUGAAGGUGCAGGACCUUUGAAGGAAUGGAUUUCCCUUGAAGGUGGAGAAGUCAAAUCUCCGAGAAUACGUACUCCUCAUUAUCUUCCUGGUUUGCAUAAUGAAGGAACAAGGAAGAGACAGAGGGCAGCUAUGGUAGAUUAUACUUGGUCUGUUGGGGAUAGGGUUGAUGCAUGCAGUGAAGAAAGUUGGCAGGAAGGAGUUAUUACAGAUCAGAACAAGAAAGAUAAAACAUUAACUGUUCACUUCCCUGUCAGUGGAAAAACAAAACUUGUCAGAGCUUGGCAUCUACGUCCAUCCCGUUUUUGGAAGGAUGGGAAAUGGAUUGAGUAUCCCAAGGUUGGAACCGGUGACAGUUCUACCCAUGAGGGUGAUACACCUCAUGAAAAACGACCUAAGUUAGGUAGUCCUGCAGUAGAGGUAAAAGGGAAAGACAGGAUUCCAAAAGGUACUAAUGCCGUGGAGUCGGCAAAUCCUGGCAAGUUGAGGUUACUUGACUUGACUGAAAAUGAUAGAGUGUUCAAUAUUGGUAAGUACAGCAAGAAUGAAAAUAAAUCUGAUGCCCACAGAAUGGUGAGGACUGGUCUUCAAAAAGAAGGAUCAAGAGUGAUUUUUGGUGUUCCUAAACCUGGGAAGAAAAGAAAAUUUAUGGAAGUAAGCAAGCAUUAUGUUGCAGAUGGGACAAGCAAGAUCAAUGAUGGAACUGAUUCAGUCAAGCUUUCAAAUUUCUUGAUACCUCAAGGUACUGGAUCACGUGGGUGGAAAAAUAGUUCAAAAAAUGAUACCAAGGAAAAACUAGGAGCUGACUCCAGGCCCACCUUUAAGUCUGGAAAGUCGCAGAGUGUUUUGGGUAGAGUGGUCCCACCAAAAGAAAACCCAUUAUCAAACUCUCGUACUAAUGAUUUGACAAGUCAUGCAGAAAGGAUCAAGGAUUCAUCAAGUCAUUUUAAGAAUGUAUCUCAGAGUGAAAAUCAGGUGGAAAGAGCAUUGUAUUCUGGAAGCACUGGAGCUGGGGCCGGACCAAUCUUGCAUUCAUCACUUGUGUCUUCGACUGAUUCUCACCCUGCUAAAAAGACAUCAACAUCAAGGGCAAGUAAAGGAAAACUUGCGCCUGCUGGUGGUGGAAGGCUGGGUAAGAUUGAUGAAGAAAAAGCUUUCAGUGGAAAUCCACUGAAAUCAACAUCUGAAAACACUGAGCCUCGUAGAUCCAUUCGCAGGAUUCAGCCAACGUCAAGACUAUUAGAAGGAUUGCAGAGCUCUUUAAUUAUCUCAAAGAUUCCUUCUGCUUCACAUGAAAAGGGUCACAAAAACCAGAAUCGGAAAACUUCUAGGGGGUAAAACCAAGGUUGAACGAGGAAUUACAGUGUGCGCGGUUCAGUUCAGUUGAAAGACCAACACACUUGGCAUAGAUGUGUAUAUUUAUUUAUAAUUUUAUAAUAGGGAACAUAGGAAUGGAAAUUCUUGUUUCCUUCGGUUUAGGCAGACUAGUCCAGUAGAUGUUAAUAUUGAUUUUAUGUUGUUUACAAUAUGAUUUAAUUUAAUCCUGUAGGCUGUAUAUGGAAUUUAUCCAUGUUGACUUGUUUAUAGAAAGGUUUGUUGAUAUGAUCAAAUGGUAAAGUCAUGUUCCUCUUCGUUGGAUAUCA